AUGUCCGUCGUUUCCAAUAUUCUCAAGAAAUCUGCCAAUGAUAUCGUUGUGUUAUCAGCUUUGCGUACUCCUAUCACAAGAGGAAACAAGGGUGGUUUGGCUAAAAUGUAUCCGGAGGAAUUACUACACGAUGUGUUGAAAGGUUCAAUAGAGCGAUCUGGAGUUGAUCCGGAAUUAAUUGACGAUAUUCUUGUUGGUGCCGUUCUCCAAACUUUGGGCGGUCAAAAGGCUUCGGCCUUGGCUGCAAAGAAAGUUGGUUUCCCUGUGAAAACCACUGUCAACACCAUCAAUAGACAAUGUGCAUCUUCGGCGCAAGCUGUAUCUUACAGCGCUGGUUCACUUAUUACUGGUGAAAAUCAAUUCACUAUCGCUGCUGGUGUGGAGUCCAUGACUCACGACUAUUUUCCUCACAGAGGUAUCCCUACUAGAAUCUACGAGCCUUUCAGACAAGAAGCUAGUGCCGAAGCCCAGAACGUAUUGAUGCCUAUGGGUAUUACAAGUGAAAAUGUUGCCAAUGACUUUGGUAUCACCAGAGAAGAUCAAGACAGAUUUGCUGUUCAAUCUCAUUUGAAAGCCGCUAAGGCUACGGAAUCGGGUCACUUCGCAAAGGAAAUCAUUCCUAUAAAUGCCAGGACCAACGCAGAGGGCGAACCCAUUGCCCAUGCACAAGUUAGCAAAGAUGAUGGAAUCCGUGCUGGCUCGACAUUUGAGAAGUUGUCCGGCUUGAAACCAGUAUUUAAAGAAGACGGAACUACCACAGCAGGUAACUCUUCGCAGAUCUCUGAUGGUGCUUCUGCUGUCAUUUUAACUACUAGAGCUAAUGCUGAAAAAUAUGGCAUUAAACCAAUUGCAAGAUUCUUGGGCUCAGCUGUUGCUGGUGUUCCUUCAGCAUUCAUGGGAAUCGGUCCAGCAGCUGCAAUCCCACAACUCUUAAGCAGAUUGAACGUAGACCAAAGAGAUAUCGACAUUUUCGAACUUAACGAAGCCUUUGCGUCACAAUCUCUUUACUGCAUCAACAAGUUGGGUCUUGAUUUUGACAAGGUAAACCCAUACGGAGGUGCUAUUGCUCUUGGCCAUCCUCUUGGGGCUACUGGUGGUAGAGUGAUAGCUACUUUGUUGAACGGUUUGAGCGCUCAAAAUAAGGAGCUAGGUGUUGUAUCUAUGUGCACCUCUACUGGCCAGGGUUAUGCCGGGUUGUUUGCAAAUGAAUUAUAA